UUCUCUUCAAAAUAUUUGGAACCCGGUCAUAAAUCCGAGCAACUUCAAUAAUACAAUACCUGCCUACGAUCUUUUUAGGCUGGAUCUAAAUUGAGAAGGAUUUCAGUACCCACGUGUUGACGCUUCACUUCUUUACAUACCCCAGCCAAAUUCAACGGCAAAUCUUCCAACAAGCCGCUCAAUACACCGCGGCGGUUAAGUCUACCACAAGUAGUUCGGUUUUUAACUGUUCCUCCUGGUCAUGGAUAUCAAUUCUAUCGUCUUGCAAAAAUCAAAAACUGAAGGAGAUCCUCCUCCACCCCCUGCUCAACCUCGGAAACGUCGGAGGCCAGCCCUAUCUUGUAUACAAUGUCGACGUCGGAAGAUAAAAUGCGAUCGAAACAUGCCCUGUGGUCAAUGUGUCUCAUCCAAGACACCUGCAUGUCAAUACAGUUCGGAUCCGGCCCCGGAGUCUAAAAGGCCUCGCGCUAAUGGAAAUGGUCAAUACCAUGUUACACCUAGUCCUGGAAGUACUACCAACGCAUCAUCCAACUUUAAUAGUAUUACGGACAAUGUAACUAAUGGAACAUCAUUAGUUCCUGCAGACUUCUGGAAUGAGAGCACUCCUAUUGUUGAGGGUCCACUGCCAGUUCGUGGACAAGUCGUUGUACCACCUCAAAAUCCUUCGGACCCCUCCGUACAAGCUCUUCUGGACAGAGUACAUAAAUUAGAACAGGCUAUUUCCGAAGCAGAAGCUAUGAAUGGUGGGCCAAAUAUCACUGUUUCUCCGUCCGUUAAAGGGCCUAGCUUAAGGGGUAGUGUUUCUAAGACAAGAUUCUUUGGGCGGAGUCAUUGGAUGAACUCAUUUGAGCAAGUAUGUUAACAUAUUAUAUCUUUUCCCAAACCGCAUCAUUCUGUCGCUCUAACUUUCUCCUAUCAUCUUUCCUUAUUCAAUUUACUUUCAGUUGAAGUAUAAACUCUCGCUUAAGAAUGCUACUUGUAUCAACUACCGCUAAUUAUCCCAACACUGCUAAUGUGUCAGAAGUUCAAACAUAUGACCAAAUUCCAAGAGCUUGGACCAUUAGGUAAAGGCGGGGAAAUUUUCGAUCUCCUGAACAAAUGCAAGGCAUUGGGUAGAAAGGUAAAAGAAGAUCAAAGUCCUGAAUCGUCAAUACCCAGAGGAUAUCGCGAUUAUAUCCCGGAGAAAGAGAUAUCGGACCGUCUUGUCAAUGCAUAUUUUCGAACCUUUGAAUCCGUCUACCGCAUAUUGCAUAUCCCAACAUUUGAAGAGGAAUAUGCAUUAUACUGGAGGGAUCCUGCGGCAGCAAGUAUGGCUUUUGUCAUGAAAUUACUCCUCGUCAUGGCCAUUGGUACAUGCUUUUACGAAGAUCCGAUACUUUCCAGUUCCUUACAUUCCAAAGCUCAACAUUGGAUUGCCGCUGCUCAAGCUUGGGUGUCUGCACCGUCUGAAAAAGACCGUCUUAAUAUUGUUGGUCUACAAAAUCAUUGCCUGCUUAUCAUAGCUCGUCAAGUGAACUCAGUCGGUGGCGAUCUCACUUGGAUUACUGCUGGAUCCGUCUAUCAUCUAGCCAUGUGCUUAGGUCUUCAUCGUGACCCGGCACACUUCCCAAAAAUGGGACCAUUCCAUGCAGAAAUGCGACGGCGACUCUGGGCAACCGUUUUGGAACUUUUGUUACAGUCAAGUCAAGACCUUGGAAUGUCACCUAUGAUCAACACCCAAGAUUACGACACCGAGCUACCAGCAAAUAUUGACGAUUCAGAGAUCAGUGAAACCACUACAAAAGCACCAGCGUCAAAGCCAGUAACAACAUUUACUCAAACUUCAAUCCAAUUAUCACUGAUGCGGUCUUUCUGCACAAGGCUCGAGAUAGCAAAGGCAGUCAAUAGUUUUAGAAGCGAGACCUCAUACGAAGAAACGCUACGCCUAGGAUCUGCGUAAGUGUCCUACUUAAAAAUUUAGUGAUUUGUCAUAUGUCUAAAAACAUAGGUUGGGCAAGCAAUAGCUUCAAAUGAAUUACUAAUGAUUAAACUCGCAGGCUUUCUUCGAUUAGUCGUUCUUGCUCAGCGUCACUACAAUCUUUCUUCACAUCCAAUUCUGAGCAAAAACCAAACGCAUUUCAAAUUAAGAUUCAUGAUUUUUUCAGCACUCAUUUCCUGUUAGCCUUACAUAGGCCUUACGCAGUCAAAGCAAGAGUCAAUCCAACCUAUUACUAUUCUCGAAAGGUUUGCCUAGAAACCUCUUUAUCUCUUCUCGCACCAGCUAUAGCACUCCCAGAACGAUUCAAUUCAUCUCAACCUAAUGAUUGGACCCUACUUACCUGGACCGCAUCGGGCAUCAUAAAAGGGACCCAUAUACACGCAUACAUGGGACUUGGACUAGAGCUAAACCAACAACUCGAAGAGGAUCCUCCACUACCGUUAUCGAUCACUACGCUGCCGCCUCAGCAGGUAGAGAUUCUACGGAUACUUCGUAGCGGAAUUGAUUGGACUUCUAAUCGUAUCAUGAGAGGCGAUACCAAUAUCAAAGGACAUGUUUUCCUAUCAUGUCUUUGUGGUCAAAUUGAAGCUCUGCAGAAAAAUACUCCUACAGAAGAGGGUAUCAUAGCUGAGGCACGGAAAAGUGUAGAAUAUUGCCUACAGUUAAUGAAGGAUAAACUCAGAGAUCAGGAAGCACAGAUGAAUGCCGAAGCAAAUCGUAGUCUUUCCAUGAAUACUGGUCUUGAUGGCGUCAGUUGGGAUGUAGUAGUAAGCCCUUUUCUUGUGUUAGAUGUUGGCCUGAUGAACUAAUACUUUAUAGAUACCAGAUCCAGGUGUGGAGUUUGACCUUCCAGGUGAUUGGGUUUUUUCUACAUGGGAAGAUAGUUAUUUAUGGGUUUGAGAUGGUUCACAUUUACGCUGUACGAUUACUGUAUGUUAGAAUUAGUUACUUCACAUGGUAUAAAUGAAGACAAUGAAAUGAUAUUUACUUCCAUCAUUUU